AUGAAACUACAUUCAUAUUUAAUAUUGAUCAUAUUUUAUUUGUCAUGUUUUACUCUACAGAGAUUGAAUCAUGUAGAUGGUCUUCAACUCCAAAAAGGCUCGAUUGAGAAAAUUAACCAACCAAAUGGAGAUGCUAAAGAGGAUAUUAAAGAUGUGAGUGAGGAAGAUCAAUCAGGCCAGGAUAGUAACGGUGGUCCUGCAGGAAUCAAAGAGAAAUCCGAGUUAGAAAGCAGUGAAAAAGAUGAUGAUAGUAAAAAUGAAACAUUUGAACCAUUUGAGGGAAAAGAUGAAAAAAAUGAUACCAAGGAUGAUCAGGGAGGAUUCUUGUUAGAAAGAGAAAAAAUGGAAGAUGAUACUACGGAUACUCAAAGUAAAGAUACAGUGAAAGAAGAAGAUGAGAAGAAUGAGUUAAAGAAGCUGGAAGAGUUUAAAAAAAGUGAAACAUUAGAGAAUAAACCCAAUUAUGAGGAGAAAGAAAAAUCAGAAAAUAUUGAAAAAAGUGAAAAAGAGAACAAAUACGAAGUAGAGAGCGAGAUUAUUUCGAAGACAACUAUAAAUACUUCCGAUGUUACUAUGACGGAUGAAAAUGAGUUUACAAUCGAUCACCCAAUAGUGAAUCAGGUAGUAAAUAAGAUUAUUCAACCUUCAACUGACGAAAAACAACUACUUAUUGAAAUGAAGGAUGACUUUGAGCCAGAAAGUGGUAUGGAUGACAGUAAACAAACUAAAUCUGUAAUCUUAACUUUUGACCUGUCAUCUGAGGAUCUUGUUAAUAAGAUUUCCCUUAUUUCUGAUUCAAAAUUGACAAUAACAAGGUAUGUUGGUAUGAAUCCCCAAAAGGUAAAGAUUACCAUAGUGGACCCAACCGUACAAUUGGGCUCCUCACAAACAAGACUUUCUGAGUUAUCUAAGUAUGAAUCAAUGCAGUUUGAACUGAAUAAAAAGGUUCCAGGGAAAGCUGAUAUAAUCUCUUUGAGUGAAAUUUCAAACCAAAUUCCUGUUAUACUUCAACAACACAACACAACGACUCUCAGAUUCCUAUUAGAGGCAGUAGAUUCACAGACACAAUUUGGUAUACUUUCAAAUAUGGAAGGAGUGGGGCCUACUGUAAUACUUGAACUGAAACCUACAGUUGAAUCAAACUCAACUUGGAUGUAUACCAUUACUGGAGUUGCAAUCAUUUUUGUCAUUAUUGGGGUUUCUAUUGCAUUAUACUUCCAAAACAAGAACAAGGAAUCUAAGAGGAUUGAAAAUAUGCCUCUUUUAAACAAUAAGGUUUAA